GGGGUACUGGAAUAAUUCACGGAACAAUCUUAAUUUGUUGAAUCAAACCACCGUUACCAAAUAUCCUCCUCCACCUCCGUCGCCUGUUAUCAGCCGUCUCCUCCCUAUCAAGCCUCGCUAGUCACUACCUCCCCCUUCCUUCUCACCGAUCACAUACAUCAAUUUUUUUGGCUAUGCGGACUUGCAAUUGCGAAUCGGAGCCUCAGCCCAUGGAGUCAGACUCUCCAGGUUUUCCGUCGGAUGAUUUUGAUGGAGUCUCACUCGACUUUGAUCACUGGACUUCACUCAUUUCAGAGAUGGAAAACACAUAUUCUGAUGACAUAGAGAAAAUAUCCUCUGUUUACGACUCUUUCUUGUCCGAGUUUCCGCUCUGCCAUGGAUAUUGGAGGAGGUAUGCCGAUCACAAGACCCGCUUAUGCAGUGUUGACAAGGCUGUUGAAGUUUUCGAGCGGGCGGUGCAGGCAGCAACUUACUCUGUUCCCCUGUGGGUGGACUACUGUAACUUCAGUAUGUCUGUUUUCGAAGACCCGUCUGAUAUUCGCAGAUUAUUUAAACGAGGCAUGUCGUUUGUUGGAAAGGAUUACGCAUGCCAUACUCUGUGGGACAAGUACAUUGAGUUUGAGUAUUCUCAGCGGGAAUGGAGCUCACUGGCACAGAUUUACAUCCAAGCUCUAAGAUUUCCUACCAAAAAGUUGCACCAGUAUUAUGAAAGUUUGAAGAAGUUGGCUGCCUUGUGUGAAGGGGAGAUGAAAUGCCACAGUAAUUCUACUGAAGAUUUGCAAUCUGAAGCAGUGGUUGGUAGCGAAGUCCCUACAUUUUAUACGGAUCAUGAAAUUGCCCUUGUUGUCAAAGACCUGCUGGAUGCAGAAAAUGGCUUAGACAGGCGUAAAGCACUGGAAAAGUACUUGUGUACUGGAAAGCAGUUGUAUCAGCAAGCAUGUCAACUAGAAGGAAAAAUUGGCACUUACGAGAGCAAUAUAAGGAGGUCUUACUUCCAUGUGAAGCCACUUGAUGUGGGUCAGUUGGAGAAUUGGCAUUCCUAUCUGGAUUUUGUUGAGAUGCAAGGGGAUUUUGAUUCGGCUGUAAAAUUUUACGAGAGAUGCUUGAUUCCCUGUGCUAAUUACCCUGAGUUUUGGAUGCGUUAUGUGGAUUUCAUGGAAAUUAACGGAGGAAGAGAGAUUGCAAACUAUGCUCUUGACCGAGCAACCCAAAUUUUUCUAAAGAGAGUGUCGGUGAUUCAUCUUUUCAGUUCCAGGUUUAAGGAGCAAACUGGAGAUGUAUCUGGUGCCCGUGCUGCUUUUCUUCAUUGCAAUACAGAAUCAGAUUCCUGUUUUGUGAAGAAUGUUAUGUCAAAGGCUAAUAUGGAAAAACGUAUGGGAAAUAUCACGGCAGCUUCCAAUACAUACAAAGAAGCGCUAGAAAUGGCUGCAGAGAAGAAAAAGAUGCAUACACUUGCUAUUUUAUAUGUUCAAUUUUCUCGACUUAUAUACAUGAUGACUGAUAAUGCAGAUGCUGCCAGAGAUGUCUUGAUAGAUGGCAUCAAACACUUGCCUUAUUCCAAAUCACUUCUAGAGGAGUUAAUAAAUUUCGCAAGUAUGCAUGGGGGGAAGCAACACCUAAAUGUGGUAGACUCUAUUGUCGCCAAAGCAAUCUCUCCAGAGUCAGGUGUAUCUGAUUGUCUGAAUGCAAAAGAUGCAGAGGAUAUUUCAAGUUUAUAUUUAGAGUUUGUUGACCUUUAUGGAACCAUCCAUGAAUUAAGAAAGGUGUGGACUCGGCAUGUGCGACUGUUCCCAUACUCUACAAGGACUGCUUUUUUUCAUCAGAAACCUACAUUUAGAAAACCUUUGGAAUUGGCUAGAGAAACGGAGGAAGCUUUGGUUGUUAUGCCUCAGCAGCCAUCUGGAGAUUUUAGUUCUGACUCCUUGAUUGUGCUCCCAUUGCAUGACACUGUUGACAGCAAAUCGUUAUUGCCAGACAAUCAUAGUAUCGAGUCUGGCCAGGAAGGAACUGAUCAUACGUUGGACCAGGAUAUGCCAUCACAGGGAAGUCAGCUUGAGCAGAUUACCUCCGACAACCUUCAGUCAAGCCAACCUGAAAACAUUCAGACACUGAAACUACCUUCUCCAGAAAUUUCAAGAGAGCAACCAACACAACCGAGAGAUGAUAAACCUGAAGCAAAUCUGUCAUCUGUAGGUUUAGUAAAAGUGGAACAGGUAUCUUCAGAAAAUCCUGAGGAGCCCAGAGAAAAUACUACUGAACCAAAGGCAUCAUCUGUUGAAUUAGAAUGUCAAGUUGCUGAAGGGAAUGAAACUGUAGAAUCUUCACAAGAAGUCACAGACAGGAGCGAUGUUCAUCGAGAGAUUGACAACAAGCCUGAACAAGACCUGAAGCCACUGUCGUUGGAGAGUCUUUCAAGCUCCCAGGAGAAUACGAAUCCGGAUUCAAUACCCUCCAUUUUUCACAAGCGUGAAACUUCUCAAGAAACCAAUACUUCAAAUGAAAGGAAGCUAGAGAGCAAUUGCAAAUCUAAUGAAGACUACAGCCCAAGAAAUACCAGAGCUUUAGAAACAGCUGGAAAUGAAGUGGUUAGUCCUAUGCCAAUGCAAAUGCCUUCUCAGCCAGCUGUAAAUAGUUAUGGUGACUGGCGUCGGAAUAAUCAUUCUGGUAAAGUUCGUAGAGAUUCCAAAUUUGGCUUUAGGGGACGUCUACAAAGAAACUCGUAUCAGCAGAAGCCACUUUCUCCUAAAAAAUACCCACAAGCUGAAACGGGUCGUCCAAUGCCUGGGAUUCUAGGUCAACCCCCUCAACCUUUGUCCUCACAGAGCUCGCAAAUUCAGCAAGGCAGCCAGGAUCAUAAUCGAUAUCAAGCAGCAGCCACUCCCACUAAUGUAAUGGCACCUAAUGCUUGGCCUAUGCAGAAUGUACAGGCGCCAAAUUAUGCCUCUUCAUCUCAGCCUCAGUUGCCUGUCCAAUCUGUUCCUCCACAGAUGUCCCAAUCAUCCGUUUUAGGCAACGUGCAGUACGGCAUGCAGAACAGCCAAGCAUAUAAUGAGAUGUGGCAAUAUUAUUACUACCAGCAGCAGCAGCUAUUUCUUCUACAACAACAGAUGCAUCAAGCACAGCAGCAGCAACAGCCGCAACAGCAGCAGCAGGUCUUGUUGCAACAGUAUCAGCUUCAGCAGCAACAACUUCAACAAUAUUAUGCUCAGAUGCAACAGCAACAAUCUUAUCAACAGCAACAAUUGCAACAACUACAGACGCAACAGCAAUUUAGUCCACAGUUCCAGAUUCAACAGCCGCAAAUUCAGCAACCUCAUCUGCAGCCGCAAAUUCAGCAACCUCAUCAACAACAGCAACUUCAGGAACAACAUCUGAUGUACUUGCAGAAACAUCAGCAGCCAUUACAACAACAGUCCCUUAUGCAGGAGCAGCAGCAAAAUAUCCCGUCCAUGAUUCAACGGGACAACUACCAUCAGGUAUGA